AGUACAUAAGGUGUACAUGCAAAUUAACAAGCGUGGCAAGUUAUGUAAAAUUCUCAAAAUUUCUCUGACAUAGUGACAGAGCUGAGCAGCUAUGGGAAGCACAGCCAUGGAUUUGUCCUCGGUGAAGGUUGUGGUUAUUGGGGGUGGGCUGGUUGGAGCAAUGGAGGCUAUCUUUAUGGCCAAGCGAGGCUUUCAAGUUGAUCUGUAUGAGUCCAGAGAAGAUAUCCGCACUUUGGAGCAUGUGAGUGGGAGGAGCAUAAACCUUGCGCUGUCAAUCCGAGGAAGAGAAGCAUUGCGAUUGGUCGGUUUGGAAGACCAGAUUGUUGGUGGGGGCAUCCCGAUGCAUGCCCGUCUCAUCCACGGUGUUUCAGGGAGGAAGUCCGCCCAGCCUUACGGAAAAGAAGGGCAGUUCAUUUCAUCAGUGGACAGGCGCCUCCUGAAUGAAACACUAUUAACAGAAGCUGAAAAGUACUCCAACAUUCGUCUGCAUUUUUAUCACAAGAUGGUGCAGGCUGACUUUGACAACGGAGUCAUCUUCUUCACAGAUAAGGACGGGUCAAAGGUCAAGGCGUGCCCUGACCUGACCAUUGGCUGUGACGGCGCCUAUUCCACCACUAGACGCCAGAUGAUGCGGUGCGGACGCAUUGAUUUCAGUCAGGAGUACAUACCCCACGGAUACAUGGAGCUGUGCAUACCACCCAAAGAUGGCAAGUUUGCCGCUGAGAUCAACUACCUGCACAUCUGGCCGAGGGACGAGUUCAUGAUGAUAGCGCUGCCCAACCAGGACUGUUCCUUCACCUGCACGCUCUUCAUGCCCUUCGUGAAUUUUGACGAGAUCGAGGCCGCGGGGGGCGAGGCUCCCGUCGACUUCUUCCGGAAGUACUUCCCGGAUGCGAUCCCGCUGAUCGGGGAGAAAGCCAUCAGGACAACAUUCGAGGAAGGGCGGGCCCUUCCCAUGGUAUCAGUCAAAUGUUCCCCCUAUAACUACAAGGACAAGGUGGUCAUCCUGGGAGAUGCAGCCCAUGCCAUGGUGCCCUUUUAUGGCCAGGGGAUGAACUGUGGGUUUGAAGAUUGCAUUGUCUUCGAUCAGUUCUUGGACAAGUUCAACAAUGAUUUCGCCAAGGCCCUGCCUGCCUACAGCGAACACCGCAACCCAGAUGCGAAGGCCAUAUGUGACCUGGCUAUGUACAACUACGUUGAGAUGAGGUCUUUGGUGAACUCCCGUUGGUUCCUGUUUCGGAAGCGAGUGGACAAGUUCUUGAACUGGUUGCUGCCAAGCAGAUACAUUCCCCUGUACUCCAUGGUGACGUUCAGUCGCAUCCGAUACCACACCGUCAUACAGCGAUGGAAGAAACAAGACGUGAUUGUCAACAAGGGGCUGUUCUAUCUGCUGUGCCUACCUGUCGUCAUUGCUGGAGCCCUCACGUUAAAACGCUUUAAACCAGACGUAUUCAGUUGGCUGAAAUUCAGUGGAAAGACCUAAAUUGUUUUCAUUUUUUUUAAUAUUUCACUCACGGAUUAAAGGGUUAAGUUUUCCUUUUUUGGAUUCAGUAUUCAAAACCAUAGUAGCUGAAAGUACAUGUAAAAUUGUAAACCAUACCAUUUGGGAGUGGAAUUGAAUAAUAUUAGUACCCAGACUUUUUUGUUUGGUUAUAAAUGUGUGCAUUCAAAAUGAAAUUCCCCAGACUAGAAGAAACUGUUGUUUAGCAAAUGAUCUGGAAUGUUCUGGAAUGGUCCAGUAUAUUAAUAAUAGUGGGUAUUUAUAAAGCGCAUGAAUCCACCAGGACUGGUGCUCAAGGCGCUACAUCAUUAUUACCCCUGCUCAUUGGGCACAUGAAACAUUCCAAAUACCAUCUCAGCUCCCUGGGGAGUAUACAGAUCGAUGCAGCCUGUUAGGCGCAAGAAAGCUAAUUCAAUCGCAAACCAUCUCCGCCCUCACAGGUACCCAUUUACUCCUGGGUGGAGAGAAGCAAUGAGUGACAAAGUGCCUUGCCCAAGGGCACACGCACCAUGACCCCAGGCUGGACUCGAACCCACAACCUGCAGCUUUACCCGCCGUCCACGAAUCCAAUGCCCCUAACCACGAGGCCAGAGGCUUUCAACCAUAAACCUUUGCGAACACUGAGUUUGGUUAUAUCCUGUCUUUGAUACUGUCAUUUCAAAGGUUCCGUUUGUAAAAAUAACAGUAUACAUGUAUCUCAUAUACACUGCGUUGCAAUGCUGCGUUGCGCGCUUGUACCUAUGUAGGAUCGGCCAAUGCACUUGGGACUCUCAUGUCUGCAGGAAAGUUUGCAGUUAUCAAAGGUUACACCGCAGUAAGCUUCUACCCUUUAUCUUUUAUACUGGCACGAUAUAACGCAACUGCUGUUUACUGCUGUAAAACGCAUCCAACAUUACAGCAGUCAACAGUUGUUAAACAGUGCGUCUCUAAUGCAUAGCUAUGCAAGAACGUGCCCCAAAAUUGUAAUAAGGCAACAGCAUCUUAAGUACAGUAAACUCCGGCUAAGUCGACAUCGUACAACUCGUCAAGUCGCUCAAGUCGUCCGUCUGACUUAAGUCCUGAUUGUCCGUAAUGCAUUUCCAUUGAAUUUUUUAUUUCUAAGUCGGCUUUUAUAAGUCGCCAUUUCACUCAAGUCAUUGUGUUACUCUCGGUGCCUUUCCACAAAAAGCGUAACAACAUUUUUUGUGUAAGUCAGCAUUCAAAAAAUCACGCAUUGGCAUCGACUUCCUGUACUGCGGUUGUCAAGAAGUGUCGAGUGAAAAGUGGUUUGGCACGGCACCUGAUAGCUGCAUCGGUACUAGGUACACGGUGUUGCUGCACAGCCAAGCUAAAGGGUUUCCUACAGCAUGCAUCGUGAGCAUAUCAAUACCAGUACCCCCUCUAGUCUGUAUGCAUGCGCUCUGUCCAUUUUAGGGGUCGUCUUAUUGAAUGAUGCAGUCAAAAUCAAUGGUGCAGUCAAUGCGUGCGUGGUAUACCACGCACGCAUUUAAUUCACAACCAUGUAUUACUAUUUUGUACACGUGGUCUCCACUAUCAGUACCCCAAAUGUGAUGAUAAAAUUCGAGGAUUAAUUUGCUGGAUUCAACUCUAGCAUUAAGGAGAUAAACCAGGGUAAAUCGAAGCCAAUUAGUGCAAUGAAUCAUGUGUGCAAAAAGGCCAUUCAUGUAAGUCGGCAAAACGACGACUUACAGCAGUCGUCACAAAUUCUCGGGUCUCGAGAGUGCCGACUUAGCCGGAGUUUACUGUAUACGUUAACUUAUGAACAGGUCAGUGUACCAGACGUUAUUUAGAUUUCACUCAAAAAGUAUGAGUCACUCUCAGAUGGCUCAUGUAUUUCCCACAUGGUAUCUUAAGAAGAAUCUUUAUAUUUUUGUGUCGGUGCCGUUCCACUGUAGCUUAUAUUUUAAAUAUACAUAGGUUUUGCCUGAAUUCUUUUGAAAAUUCAUUUGUAAUGUCUAUUUUGUGUAAGCUUGUUAAGUUGUUUUGUGAUCAGCCUUUGGACAAUAAUGAGUGAGCAGUGCUCAUAAAUUGUCAUCGUUAAAGGGUAAAACCCAAUAUUGGAUUGUCAACUUGCCAUUUUGCAUUUCUGAUGUCGGCCCAAGGCUUAUAAGGGUAUUUGGGUAUUAGUUUUGUAUAUCUACUACAUAUGAAAUAGCAGUAUUAUGUGUAUUUAUGGAACUUUUUGUAGCCCAAGCAUAGUCUUGUGAAGUGGAUCUCGGUCAAAAGAAAGCACCACAUUUUUUUUGUGGUGGUGGUGGCUGUGGGGGAGGGAUAGGGAACUAAACCCCCCCCCCCCCGCCAUCUUGACAUUUGGCCGUUUUGUUGUUGUUGGUUUGUAAGAAAUGACAGCACCAACACCUCUCGACCAGUACUAGCAGUAACACCCCUCCCUAGUUGUAUAAUAUAUUUUUUUUAUAGAAGACAAACGGAUCGAGGGGGGGGGGGGGAACCAGCUCUGUCAAAAAAAAAAAUUUCCCAUAGCAAUUCAUGAAACAAAAUGCGACCCCCCCCCCCCCCCCCCACACCCAAAAAUAUUUUGUACUGGUAAAAAUGUCCGCCUCUGCACAAAAUACGGACAGAGCCAGCUUGGUUAGGGGUUAUAUGUACAAUAUUCUGUGAUAUGGUAUCAAAAAUCGUCGGAUUUGAACAGUGCCCCCAUUGAAACUAUAAUACGAGCCUCCCCCCCCCCCCCCCUCCCCCUCCCACCUAUUGAUUUUCGGAGGCCAAGUGUCUCAGGUACAGGUUGAUACAGGUUGUGCAAAUGCAGGGUACUGUUAGGGUUAGACUAUUUACUUUUAUUUGGGAGCAUAAUUUAGUUUACUCAGUCACUCUCAUAACUAGUUUAAAUUGCUGAUAAUUUUUUCCCUUCUAUUUGUCACUUUAUGGAAUUUGAUGAUGCUGUUGAGGUAUUUACUGAAAUGAGUUACAGGGUUACUAAAAGUUUUUCCUUUUAACAUUAUUACGGAUGUUUAAAUUUAAACUGGGACUAAAAAGCAAGGUGAUCUGCCGAUCGCACGUGUCACCCGUUUUUCUGCGGUCGAUCCCUAUAUGUUUUGUUCUUAUUCUUGCAGAAGCUGUUAUUGUCAGCUGGAAAAGAUUGGCUCAUGGAAUGUAUUUGUAUCUGUGAAACAAUAGCAUUUUCACAUUGUUUCCAUUGUGAGUUAUGACCUCAAUUGACCCCUGGAUGACCUUUGACCUCAGUAAUCCGAUGAAGAAUUGUGUCUUCCCACCCAAGGGUCGCUGCAUCCAAGUUUCAUCAAAAAUCCAUGAAAGCAUGUGAAAGUUAACACAUUUUUUUUCUCAAAAACUUAACCUAAACUUUAACAUGUACGGUCAUCUGGGGAUACGUUCAAUACAGAAUUUAGGACCUUUAAGUGUGCCCCAAAACUUUGUUUAGGCGACACCAAAAAAUCGCCAAGCUCUAUAUUUUUGAAAAGUGUCCUCCGGAAAAAUUUGAUCACGUCAUAUCACAGUCAAAACUUGUGAUGUACAUGAAUUGAACAUAAAGUCAUGAAAGUAAUGAUUAGACUGAAUUGAAUCAGAUGAUUUUUCUGUUGCUUGUAAGAAAUGCUCGUGGGCGGCCUAAAGCUAAGUUAGGCUUGAACUCGAUACAAUUUUGUGCUGAAAUGUCAAGAAUUGGCAAUUUGAAAAGAUGCAAUCCCUUGAUCAUACAAAACCCAGUUGUAUAUCAUGAAAUAUCCUGUACAAGGUGAAGUAUUCAACACACUAAAAUCAAAAGAAAAGCACAUACCCAGCACUUGGACUGUGCAUGUCUCUCACAAGAGAUAAAAAAUUAAACCAAACGCACAUGGAAAGGACUACCAAAACGAACCUCUAGUUUUGAAUAUUUAAACAGCUGAAAAGUGUUGAAAACAGCCCAGAAAUACAUUUUAAAAAAUGAAACAAUACCAUCUACCUUGUCCUUUUAGUUAUUCCUAUCAGAAUAUCAGCUUUCCAAAAAUAUGGAAUGUACUAUGUUGUUUUAUAUUCAUUGCUUUGCUUGUACAUGUAUUCACUUUUGUACUACUUGACGUGCCUUAAUAAAAAUGUACUACGAAGGUAAAUUUU